GCCAAUUUACGACCAUGAUGCGCGCGCCCCUGAUCCUCCUGGGCCUCGCGGCGGCCUGCGACGCGCUCAUGAGCGCGGCCCGGCCCCGCGCGGCCCGCCCCGCCCUGCGCAUGGGCGCGGAGAAGACGUGGAGCGCCGCGGACAUCGACUGGACGGCGUCGCACAUCUCGGGCCAGCGCGACAUCGACUACGGCCCGCUUCUCGGCGAGAAGCACAACGGCAAGUACUGCGAGUCGCUGCGCGAGGUCGUGCGGCGGAAGACGCGGACCGUGACCGCGGGCCCCGUGUCGUUCGGGUCCGACCACAAGAUCGUCCGCCAGACCAUGGGCACGACGUCGACGCGCGACGUCGCGGGGACCAUCGACCAGGUCAUGCGCUGCUCCGACGCGGGCUUCGACCUCUUCCGCCUCACGGUCGUGGGCAUGAAGGAGGCGACGGCGUGCCACGACAUCCGCGAGGGCCUCUUCAAGAAGGGCUACGACAUCCCGCUCUGCGCGGACAUGCACUUCCAGCCCAAGGUGGCCAUGAAGACGGCGGAGGCCGUGGAGAAGAUCCGCAUCAACCCGGGCAACUUCGCCGACGGCCGCAAGGUCGACGAGGACACGGUGUCCUACGAGACGGAGGAGGACUACCUCCGGGACCGCGACAACAUCGUCGAGCAGUUCGCGCCCCUCGUGCUCAAGUGCAAGGAGCUCAACCGGGCCAUGCGCAUCGGCACGAACCACGGCUCCCUGAGCGCCCGCGUCCUCUCCUUCUUCGGCGACAGCUCGCGGGGCAUGGUCGAGUCGGCCGUCGAGUUCGCGGACAUCUGCCGGUCGCUCGACUACCACAACUUCGUCUUCUCCAUGAAGGCGUCGAACCCCGUCGUCAUGAUCCAGGGCUACCGCCUCCUCGCCGCGGAGCAGUACCGCCUGGGCUGGGACUACCCGCUGCACCUCGGCGUCACGGAGGCGGGCGAGGGCGAGGACGGCCGCAUGAAGUCGGCCAUCGGCAUCGGCACGCUCCUCGGCGACGGCCUCGGCGACACGAUCCGCGUGUCCCUCACGGAGGACCCGGAGUACGAGUACGCGCCCUGCAACCGCCUCGCGGAGCUGAGCGAGGCCAACGAGCUGCCGCCCGCGAAGAAGGCGCAGCUCGCCGUGCCCGAGUAUUCGGACACGCGCGACGUCACGAUGUUCGACCGGCGCCGCGGCUUCCUGCCGGCCCAGCGCGAGGGCGACCAGCACGACUACCGGGGCCUCCUGCACCGCGACGGCUCCGUGCUCUCCUUCAUCUCCGCGGAGGAGCUGAAGACGCUCGGCGAGCUCGGGCCCUUCGGCGCGUCCGCGCUCUUCCGCGCGCUGGGCGCCAAGACGGUCGACGGGCCCGGCGGGGCGUCGCUGCCCAUGAAGGACGUGGCGACGACGGACACGCUCUUCCUCCGCGAGCCGCCGGCCAUCGACGACGAGGCCGCGCGCGACGCGCUGAAGACGCUCCGCGGCGCGGGCGUGCACUGCGUCGUGCCCCUCGACGCGCUCGCGGAGGCGCCCCUGCCGGGCGCCGUGCCCGCCGUGGACUGCGCCGCGCUCGGCGACGACGCGACGCUGGGCAAGCUGCCCCUGGCGUCGGACAGCGGCCGCAUGGUCGUCACGUGCCGCGGCGACGAGACCGACGAGCAGCUCGAGGCGCUCAGGGCCAUGGGCGACCAGGUCGACUUCGUCCUCGCGGAGACGGACCCGUCCCUGAGCCGCCUCCACGCGACGCGGCGCCUCUUCGAGAAGCUCGGCCGGGGCGCGCCGGGCGACGAGGGGCUGUCGGUCGUGCACCAUUUGCGCGCGCCCGAGUGCGACCGGUCCGAGCUCGCGCUCCAGCUCGGCAUGCAGGCCGGCGGCCUGCUGGGCGACGGCCUCGGCGACGGCGUCCUCGUCGAGCCCGAGGUGGCGAACACGGCGAACUUCGACGUCGCGUACCUCCGCGACACGUCGUUCGCUUUGCUCCAGGGCUCGCGCAUGCGCAACACGAAGACGGAGUUCGUGUCCUGCCCGUCCUGCGGCCGCACGCUCUUCGACCUCCAGGAGGUCACGGCCCAGAUCUCGGAGAAGACGGGCCACCUGCCGGGCGUCGCCAUCGCCAUCAUGGGCUGCAUCGUCAACGGGCCGGGCGAGAUGGCCGACGCCGACUUUGGCUACGUCGGCACGGUGCCGGGCAAGAUCGACCUCUACGUCGGCAAGACCGUCGUCGAGAAGGGCAUCCCGGACGAGCUCGCCUGCGACGCCCUCAUCCAGCUCAUCAAGGACAACGGCAAGUGGGUCGACAAGGAGGACGACGAGGACGAGGACGAGACGGAGAGCGACGCGCCCGAGGUCGAGGAGCCCGCCCUCACGGAGCCCCUCGCUGCCAACCUCUUCGGCGUCGCCGGCAAGCGCGUGCUCGUCACCGGCGGCGGCAGCGGCAUCGGCGCCAUGAUGGCCGCGGGCUUCGCCGCCAACGGCGCCUCCGUGAUCAUCGCGUCGCGCAACGCCGAGGCCUUGGCCGCGACAGCGGCGGAGGUCAAGAAAACGACGUCCGCGGACAUCGAAAUCGUCGUCGCGGACCUGGGCUCGCGCGCGGGGUGCGAGGCGCUCGCGGCCGAGGUCGCGGCGGCGCCGCUCGACGUGCUCGUGAACAACAGCGGCACGAGUUGGGGCGAGCCGCUCGACCGCGAGUCCGGCCGCGCGAACUGGGGCUGGGACAAGGUGCUCGACCUCAACGUCAAGGCGCCCUUCUACCUCACGCGCGCGCUGCGGCCCGCGCUCGAGGCCGCGGCGGGCGCCGGCGCGCCCGCGCGCGUCGUCAUGGUCGGCUCCGUCGCGGGCCUCACGCACCAGCCGACGCCGACGCACGCCUACGACACGUCCAAGGCCGCCCUCCAUUCGCUGACGAAGAAGUUCGCCAGCGACCUCGCGCCCAAGGUCACGGUCAACGCCAUCGCGCCGGGCUUCGUGCCGAGCCGCAUGACCAAGGGUUUGGAGGCCUGGGGCAUCACGCUGGACGGCAUCGCGAAGCACGUGCCGUUGGGCCGCGUCGGCGCCGCGGCGGACAUGGCCGGCGCGGCGCUGUUCUUCUCGUCGCCGGCGGGGUCCUGGGUCUCGGGCGUCGUGAGCCCGGACGCCAAGGCCGGGGCGAAGGAGCCGUGGUCGCCGCCGCCGCCGCGGCGCGUGCGCUUCGACGCGGGCUGCGGGCCCGCGGCGCCCGUGUCCCCCGACCACAAGGACCCGGGACCCCGGCGCUUCGACCCCAUGGUCGGCGGCGGCUCCUUCAUCGACCCGAGAUUCUUCGAUUCGCUCCUCGGUUCGCCGUGCCACGCGGAGUCCAAGGGCGGCGGCGGCGGCGCGGAGUCCAAGGGCGGCGACAGCAGCGACGACGACGACGACGACGAGGUCGACGCGCUGCCCGCCUGGAGCCGCGUCCACCGGCGCCACACCUGCCCCGCGCCUCCGUUCGAAACGCGCGGCAUCUUCACCAACGCGGGGAAACGUCGCGACGUUGAACGGGCUGCCCGCCUCGCGGACGCGAUGUCGGAGGCCAUCGACCGCGUCGUCGCCCAGGGCGAGGCCGAGGAGGCGCGGCUCAAGGCCGAGGGCCGCGUCGAGCAGCGCAAGGAGGUCGCCGAGCUCAAGGACGCGGGCAACGCGGCCUUCACGGCCAAGGACUUCGACAAGGCCUGCGACCUCUACAGCGAGGCCCUGGAGCUGGACCACGGCGCGAACCUGACGGCGCGCAGCGACGCCCCGGAGCACGCGCUCACGGGCGUGCUCUUCGCGAACCGGGCCGCGGCGCUGCUGAAGCUCGAGCGGCCGGCGGAGGCGGAGACGGAUUGCCGGCGCGCGCUCCAGCGCGCGGCGUCCGCGAAGCUCCUCGCGCGCUGCGCCCUCGCCUGCCUCGCCCAGGGCGGCGAGGACAAGGUCGCCGACGCCUUCGGGUGCGUCUGCGAGGGCCUCAUGCUCGAGCCGAACCACGCGGUCUCGCGGAAGGCGCUCCAGGAGGUCCGGAACGCGCCCGGCGGCCGCCUGCUCCGGCCCGACGGCGACUGCCUCGCCAAGCUCAAGUCGCGCAUCAAGCGCCGGGGCGACGCGGGGCUCCUGGGCUACGCGCUGGCCUACGUCGACGUGCUCCAGCGCCUCGCGCCCGAGGAGUCGGCGGCGUUCGCGCACGACGCGAGCACGUGGUCCACCGACGACGACGCCGCGUCGUCGAACGGCAAGGGCGACGACGACGACGACGACGCCUCCGUCGUCGAGUCCGCCGCCGCCGCGCCGGCCAAGGCCGAGGCGCCCAAGAAGCCGCGCGCGCGCAAGCCGGCGUCGAAGCUGAAGAAGAAGGCGCCCAUCGGCGGCCAGGGCACGGCCGGCGCCGGCGCGGCGCCGAUGACGGCGACGCUCCGGGCCGCGGUCGCGGCGCCGGCGCCGCUCGCCGGGUGGAAGGCGGCGCCGCUCGGCCCCGGCGCCGCGCUCGACGCCUACGCGGCGCCGCGCCUGGCGCUCGCGGACGGCGCGGUGCUCGCCGCCGGCGCGGGCGCCGGCGGCGCCGACGACUGCUUCGCCAACUGCGGCGCGGCCGCGCGCGCCGCGGACGUGUGCUCGAGCGCGUCCGGCGGCGGCGACCUCGUCGUCGCCGCGGCCGUCGCGGGCGCGGGCGGCUGGCGCCGCGGCGGGCCGGGCCCCGCGGCGGCGCUCGCGGCCGUGCCCGAGGAGUUCGACGCGCUCCUCGCGAAGCGGAGCGCCGCGGCCGCCGCGGCCGGCGUCGACCUCGGCGGCGAGGCGAGCCUCGCGGCCGCGCUCCGCGACCGGCGCGCGGCCGCGGCCGCGGGGGACCGGGGCGGCGCGCGCGCGCGCGCGCUGCCGGCGGCGACGACGGGCCGGCUCCACCGCAUCCCCGCGGCCUGGCGCUUCGCGGCGCCCGGCCGGCGGGCGACGUGCGUGCGGCUCUCGCCGCUCGCGCCGGCGCGGGCCGCCGUCGGCUUCGACGACGGGUCCUGCGCCGUCGCGGACCUGUCGCCCGACGGCGCCGCCGAGGCCCUCGUCGUCCUCGCCGGCGCGCCGCGCCGCGACCGGCCCGCGGCGACGGGCGCCGCGGUGCGCGCGCUCGCCUGGUGCCCCGCGGCCGACGCGUGCCUCGCGCUCGCGAACGAGAGCGGCCACGUCCAGGUCUGGAGCCUGCGGGACGCCGCGUUCCCGCUCUGGGAGGACCGGUUCUCCGACCGCUGCGGUAGCCUCGGGCUCGCGUGGCACCCGAGCGGCGCGUGCCUGCUGAGCGGCGGCGCCGUGCCGGGCAACUUCUCCGGCGCGGUGCUGCGGCUCGACGUCUCCAAGGCGCCGGACGAGAAGAGGCGGUCGACGGUCGCGUACCGCCACGCCGAGGGCACGGCGGUGCUCGACCUCGACGCGCUGCUCGUGCCCGCGGCCGGCGGCGACCGCGUCGAACUCGUCCUCGCGUCCGCGGGCGGCGACGGCGCGCUCCGCUGCGGCCUCGACGGGCCCGCGAAGCGCGUCGGCGGCUUCCUGCCGCGGCGCGUCGUCCACGCGCUCCGCGCCGAGGCCGCGGCGCCGCCGGCCGCCGCGGAGGCCGCGGCCGACGGCGGCACGGUCGACGGCGCGGUGCUCGCGGCGCUCCGCGCCGCCGAGGCCGCCGCGGCGCGCGCGCGCGACGACGCGCCCGCGGCCGUCGCCGUCGCGGCCGCGCCCGCGGACGACCCGGGCCCGCUGGACGACCGCGACGUCGCCGUCUGCUCCGCGCGCCUCGGCGCCGGCGACGCGCUCGGCUACGUCGUCUCGGCCGCGGCCUGCGGCCUCCUGCGCCUCCAGAAGCCGCCGAAGAAGCCCAAGGCCAAGGAGGCGCCGAAGAAGCCCCGGGGCCGGCCGAAGAAGGCCGAGGACGCGGCCGGGGACGGCGACGCCGCGCCGAAGAAGCCGCGCGGCCGGCCGAAGAAGGCGGCGGCGCCGCCGCCGCCGCCGGACGAGGAGGACGAGGACCUCGUCUGCAAGCCCAAGCGCCGCAGCGCGCCGGUCGAGGAGGAGGACGCGGAGGAGGAGGACGCGGAGGACGCGCCGGAGGACGCGCCGGCGCCGAAGAAGCCGCGCGGCCGGCCGCGCAAGCAGCCGCCGCCCGAGGACGGGGAGCCCCCCGCGCCGAAGAAGCCGCGCGGCCGGCCGAGGAAGCACCCGCUGCCCGAGGACGGGCAGCCCCCCGCGCCGAAGAAGCCGCGCGGCCGCCCGCGGAAGCACCCGCUGCCCGAGGCCGCGCCGGCGGCGGAGGCCGCGCCCGCGGAGGAGGCGGCGCCCGCCGAGGCCGCGCCGGGCGAGAACGACGCGCCGCCCGCCGAGGAGGACGCGCCGCCGGCCAAGAAGCGGGGCCGGCCGAGGAAGCAAGGGGGGGACCCGCCCGCCGUCGUCGAGAACAUGCCGCCGCCGCCGGCCGACGACGACGACGCGCCGCCGGCGGCCGACGCGCCUCCGAACAAGCGGAAGCGCGGCGUGCCCGCGAAGGUCGCGCUCUAG